AUGAAGACAGAAUCUAUCCACUUGACUGAUAACGAGCAGCCUCUUUUACAAUUCUCGAAUAGGUAAAGUAGAAAUCUCUUCAUAUCUGAUUUUAAUUUUGAGAUUAGUCCUUCAAAAAAAUCAGGAAUAUCAAUGUCUCCUAAAAAAUAGUUGAUGAAAGUCUCCCCAGAGACUCACAGUCUUAAAUUUAUUAUGAGUCAAAACUUGCUCUAAUUAUAAAAUUUAAAUUCUCUUAAGAAAAUUUUUAAAAGGAGCGUAAUAGUUGUAAGAGCAUGCAUAAGAUUACAGAAAUUCUAAAAGAAACAAAAUGUAGUCUUGAAAAUGCCUUAGAGUGGAAAAGAAUCAUUAUUUGACAAAGUCUUGAACGAAACAGUAUUAAAUUGGUGCAGAGGAAUAUGCAAAAAGUCGUUGACUUCUAUAAAAAUGCCUGUGUUUGAUUAUUUAAAAAAUCCUAAUUGCAUUAUUAAAGCAGAUACUUCUAAGGUGUAGUUGAUUAAUGCAAUUAAAUUUUUAGUUGAAAGUCUUGCGUAUUAUACACAUCCUCAUUAUUUAAAUUAUGAAUUAAAAAGCUUCCUAUGUUCGUAAUUGUAUGAAGAUUAUAAAUUAUACUUUACACACUAUGUUUCAGAAAGAACAAUUUAUAAAAUAGCGAUUUUGGAUGAGUUAUAAUAGAAACAAGCUGCUCUCAUUAGUUUAGAAAUAAUAUUAUAUAAUCUCGCAGAAGCAAUAAUUUAAGACCCAUUGUCUUGUAAUUUUAGCAAACUUGUUUUAAUUAGUGUUCUUUAAUUACUAUAUAAAUAGUAUUUUGAUGAAAUGAAUUGUUCCAUAUGUCAUUAAAAUUGUAUUCAGGGCUAAAUAAAGUUAAAUAAUAAUAAACUUUAUCUUACAUUUGUUACUUAACAUUCCGGCUCUUUUAAUUUAAUAGAUGGUGUCUAUAACGAUUAACAAAUUAUCGACUUAUAAGAUUUCAAUAGAUGCUAAUUAGGAAAAAUUUAAGAAUAUUUUAGAAUAGCUGUAAAACAUUUAGAAAAAUAAAUAAUAUGA